GGGGGAUGGAACAUCGUUUCACCUAAGAACGAACUCUCAAGUUGAUUCAAAACUUUUUUUUUUAAAGGGCGCUCCCCGGUCCGGAGGAAUUAGGGUGUAGUGUGAACAUUGGCCCGGGAUAUCAUCUGGUUACUCCCUGUCCUGCAUUGAGUGCAUGUCUCUGAGUGACGCCGUAUGUAAUGGGACAUCCAAAGACUGCCCCUCCGGAGACUAUUCCUGCCUGUUAUCCUACAUAGUAACAUCAAUGGGUGGAAUGGAAAUUUCCAAAAUGUACGUGCGACAAUGUGCGAAAAAGAACGUGUGCUCCAGAACUGGGAGUAUUAGCCUCCCCAAUGGUAGAAUAAAGACGGGGACCACCUGCUGCAGCACCAAUGACUGUAUGCCCGAGAAACCUACCCUUCCUCCAGACUCAAUUGAAAAAAAUGGCUUGUCCUGCAAAACAUGUUUUACUCCAAAUUCUAAGACUUGUGACACCGACCUGUUCACCGACUGUGUUGGAAAUGAGACGAUGUGUAUAACUCAGGUCACAACUAGAACAGGAGAUGUUCCCACCUCAACAGUGGUAAAAGGCUGCGCCACCAAAGUGUUGUGUGAACCUUCCCACCAGGUGUGGAAACUGGGCACGAUGACCGUCAAUCUAGAAAACGCUUGUACAAACGGCGGCGUCUACGUGCGCUCCAGUCUGAUCCUGAUGGUCAGUGCUCUCUGGCUCUAUUGGAAAUCUUCAUGUUAAAUCUUAAUAUGUUGUAUGCUGAAAAGUAUCGGCGAUGAUAUACCCUACGGCUAUUGCUAUUUCUGUAUAUUUGGGGCAUGUAUGUAUGUACGGCUGCACUCUUUGACUCUAGCAUUGACUAGAUAGUUCACAUUGUAUAUUGGUAGAAAAAACAUUUAAUCUGUGGUUGCCAUCAGCCGUUUUCUCAGUCAAGUGUCAAAAAGGCGGGGCCAAGCUCAAGUGUCACUACCUGACAUGUCCCCUCAUUCACCCUCCCAGCCCCUCCUUGAUGGAUAUACAGGGCUUAGCAUAUCAAUCAAGAAGGGUCUGGGAAGUGAGAGCGAGGAGGCGUGCCACUUGAGCGAGGAGGCUCUGCUUUCUUGGCACUCGGUUGAGAAAUAAAAAAGGCUAUUAUCUCCUAGGUCAAUUUAGCCCAACCGGGGGGUGCCUCCAGCUGUUGCAAAACUACACUUUGUAGUUUCUAAAACAGCUGGAGGCUCCCUGGUCAGGGAACACUGGUAUAAAGUCUAAAAUUGAUAGGGCCUUUGUUGUGGUCCACCACUGAAGAAAGAGUAAUGAACUCAGAAACACGUCUAGCAUUGACAUUUAUUACUGUGCUAUAAAGACCACCAUUGUUUUCUUUACAAAGCAGCUCCGACCAUAUACACCAAUUAGAAGAUCUAACCAAUACUGAGUGAAAAUAGUGCAUGCUGGAACUGGUAGUUUUGCAACAGCUGGAGGCAACCGGUUGGAAAACACUCACCUAAAUAUAUGUAUUUUAAAGGAGUUUUCCAUUCUUUGGUUGGCAAUGCGCAUCAAAGUCAACCAAACCAAUCAAUUUCAAUGGGAUCAGUCCACCAUCUAAAAUGUAUGGGGUCUCCAGGGUCAGAUGGAUUUAAACAUGCCUGAUCUUUUUGCUUUCUAGAAGAUUUUCUACCACCAAAGAUGUCUGGCAGUAGUUUUCUCCACUUUACCUAAUCAGAACACGUUCAUGCUCAGCCAAAUUAAGCAAGCAUGUGUAUGUGGGGAUAGGACAAGCGUUCAUCUGAUAGCUAGGUGAAAUGAAUAGCCAGCUUUGGCAAAUGAUGACUACUAGGACACACCAUCAUUUGUUGGUUAGUGGGGGGUUAAGUUUUGGGCCCCAUACCAAUGGCAUAAAUGAUGAUUCCAUGAGCUGCAAAAAAAAUCGACAUCAUGGUCUUUUCCACGUAGCUACUUAGGGCUUUGACCAAAGUGGAGCUGUACGGAGGAAAAUUCAGGACCCAUUGUGGUCCACAAAUCCCCAAUGAUUACAAAAUAAUGGUAUAGUUUAAAGAUUCGCUAUCAUUUACUUAAGAUGGUAACCCCUUUAUUUGUUACUAUUUACACCUUAUGUGGAUAAUUUACUAGUCAUUGUAUAUUAAAAUCUGUUAGUGAUUGUGGCAGCACGUUAGAAAUGCAUCAAUUACCAGCUAUGACCCUGCUCGGUCUUGACAGGUGAGCAUAAUAAUGCAUUUGUAACUUCAUGUUUAGUGGGGUCGAGUUUGACCCCAUCGCUGUACCACUUAAAAUCCUAUCAUUUGCACAA